CUACGGACUACGAGAAAUAGAAUUAUCGGUAAGUAAAUUCUUAUUAUCUAUGGUAAUAGUACAGGGACAUGACUGUGGAGGUGAGGGGAUAUUUACAGUGAUAUUUAUGUCUCCCCCAUUUCACAGAGGUGUGAAGAAGACAUCUGGUGAGCGUGAGACACCCAGCAGCCAUGCUCAUGUGUCAGGAGGACUGAGCAGGUCCCAGAGCCCCAUCACGGUGCCUCCACCUCACUCACUGAUACAUGAGAGACACAGUGACCAGAAGAUCCAGGAACUCACUAACAAGAUCAUUCAGGAGGGGAAGUAUAUUGAGGAACACAGGGGUCUGUACAAGGACGUGAUGAUGGAGAAUCACCGGCCCCUCACAUCACUGGAUGGGCCCAGUAACAGAGAUACCCCAGAGAGAUGUCCCCGUCCUCUGUAUUCCCAGGAUUGUACAGAGGAGAAUCACAGGAUCCCACAGGAGGAACAGGUAGAACGUCUGUCUGAUAUUAAAACAGAAGACAUAGAAGAAGAAGAAGUGACUGAUAUAAAGGUAGAAGAUAUAGAGGGAGAUGAAGAGACGUAUGUGACUGAUAUAAAGGCAGAAGAUACAGAGGGAAAAGAAGAGACGUAUGUGACUGAUAUGAAGGCAGAAGAUAUAGAGGGAAAAGAAGAGACGUAUGUGACUGUUAUUAAGGCAGAAGAUAUAGAGGGAGAAGAAGAGACGUAUGUGACUGUUAUAAAGGCAGAAGAUAUAGAGGAAGAAGACGAGACGUAUGUGAAGGGUGAUCAGCAGUGUAAGGAGGAGGAAAUCCCUACAGAUAUCAGCACAGAUGGACACACAAGCAGGAAUAUCUCAGAAGGACAUCUAAUGUUAUCCCUGGAUUCUGAAAUAACCGAUAACGACAGUAGACCGGAUUCUCCAGGAGAUAACCCCAUUACCCCAAUGAUACAUCCAGCUCUAUCAGCUGGUCCUUCUGAUCCUGGGAAGUGUUCUCCUGAUCACUCUGAUAUUGGUGCAUCUGUUACAGCUCUGACAGUAGAUACAGUGUUUCCCUGUUCUAUAGAUGCCAAAUGUUUUACACAGAACACAAAGCCUAUUAACCCACACACAGGUAAGGCAGGUGGAAGGCCACUGAUAUGUUCAGAGUGUGGGAAAUGUUUUACAUACAAAUCACAUCUUGUUAUACAUCAGAGAAGUCACACAGGUGAGAGGCCACUGACAUGUUCUGAGUGUGGGAAAUGUUUUGCACGGAAAUCACAUCUUGUUAUGCAUCAGAGAAGUCACACAGGUGAGAAGCCGUUUCCAUGUUCUGAGUGUGGGAAAUGUUUUACACGCAAAUCAGAUCUUGUUAAACAUCAGCAAAGUCACACAGGUGAGAAGCCGUUUCCAUGUUCUGAGUGUGGGAAAUGUUUUGCACACAAACUAUAUCUUGUUAGACAUCAGAGGAGACACACAGGUGUGAAGCCAUUUUCUUGCUCUGAGUGUGGGAAAUGUUUUACACAGAAAUCACAACUUGUUACACAUCAGCAAAUUCACACAGGUGAGAAUCUGUUUUCUUGCUCUGAGUGUACGAAAUAUUUUACACGGAAAUCAGAUCUUAUUACACAUCAGCGAAGUCACACUGGUGAGCAGCCAUUUCCAUGUUCUGAGUGUGGGAAAUGUUUUGCAGACAAAUCAAAUCUUACUAAACAUGAAAGAAGUCACACAGGUGAGAAGACAUUUUCAUGCUCCGAGUGUGGGAAAUGUUUUACAUGGAAAUCACAACUUGUUACACAUCAGCAAAGUCACACAGGUGAGAAGCCAUUUCCAUGUUCUGAGUGUGGGAAAUGUUUUGCACACAAACCAGAUCUUGUUAGACAUCAGAGAAAUCACACAGGUGAGAAGCAAUUUUCUUGCUCUGAGUGUGGGAAAUGUUGUUUAAGUAAAUCACAUCUUGUUACACAUCAGAGAAGUCACACAGGUGUGAAGCCAUUUUCUUGCUCUGAGUGUGGGAAAUGUUUUACACAGAAAUCACAACUUUUUACACAUCAGCGAAGUCACACAGGUGUGAAGCCAUUUUCUUGCUGUGAGUGUGGGAAAUGUUUUACACGGAAAUCAAAUCUGGUUAGACAUAACAGAAGUCACACAGGUGAGAAGCCAUUUUCUUGCUCUGAGUGUGGGAAAUGUUUUACACAGAAAUCACAUCUUGUUAUACAUCAGAGGAGUCACACAGGUGAGAAUCUGUUUUCUUGCUCUGAGUGUACGAAAUGUUUUACACGGAAAUCAGAUCUUAUUACACAUCAGCGAAGUCACACUGGUGAGAAGCCAUUUCCAUGUUCUGAGUGUGGGAAAUGUUUUGCAGACAAAUCAAAUCUUACUAAACAUGAAAGAAGUCACACAGGUGAGAAGACAUUUUCAUGCUCCGAGUGUGGGAAAUGUUUUACACGGAAAUCACAUCUUGUUUCCCAUCAGCAAAGUCACACAGGUGAGAAGCCAUUUCCAUGUUCUGAGUGUGGGAAAUGUUUUGCACACAAACCAGAUCUUGUUAGACAUCAGCAAUGUCACACAGGUGAGAAGCAAUUUUCUUGCUCUGAGUGUGGGAAAUGUUGUUUAAGUAAAUCAGAUCUUGUUAGACAUCAGAGAAGUCACACAGGUGAGAAGCCAUUUUCUUGCUCUGAGUGUGGGAAAUGUUUUGCAUGGAAAUCAGAUCUUGUUAAACAUCAGAGAGGUCACACAGGUGAGAGGCCAUUUCCAUGUUCUGAGUGUGGGAAAUGUUUUGCACGGAAAUCAGUUCUUGUUAUACAUCAGAGAAGUCACACAGGUGAGAAGCCAUUUCCAUGUUUUGAGUGUGGGAAAUGUUUUGCACGGAAAUCAGUUCUUGUUAUACAUCAGAGAAGUCACACAAGUGAGAAGCCAUUUCCAUGUUCUGAGUGCGGGAAAUGUUUUGCACACAAAUCAGAUCUGGUUAGACAUAACAGAAGUCACACAGGUGUGAAUACAUUUUCUUGCUCUGAGUGCGGGAAAUGUUUUGCACACAAAUCAGAUCUGGUUAGACAUAACAGAAGUCACACAGGUGAGAAGCCAUUUUCUUGCUCUGAGUGUGGGAAAUGUUUUGCAUGGAAAUCAGAUCUUGUUAAACAUCAGAGAAGUCACACAGGUGAGAAUCAAUUUUCUUGCUCUGAGUGUGGGAAAUGUUGUUUAAGUAAAUCAGAUCUUGUUAGACAUCAGAGAAGUCAUACAGGUGAGAGGCCAUUUCCAUGUUCUGAGUGUGGGAAAUGUUUUGCACGGAAAUCAGUUCUUGUUAUACAUCAGAGAAGUCACAAAGGUGAGAAGCCAUUUCCAUGUUUUGAGUGUGGGAAAUGUUUUGCACACAAAUCAGAUCUGGUUAGACAUAACAAGUCACACAGGUGUGAAGCCAUUUUCUUGCUCGUCCUUCUGAUAGAAGCUCACCAACAAAGGGCAGGGCUACAGCUCAGCUUUGCAAACCAAACAGACUUAAGCUUGGGGGUUCAGAAGAGAACAGGAACAUCUGAAUCCCCCUCUGACUUGGAAAAUCUAUCGUCACAAGAAAGGCUAGCUCUGGCGACAUUGGAGGAACUUGCUGACCCUAAUGAAUCAAUUCCCACUACACAACAUACGAGACCCUUGCUGAAGAAAAAAUCAAUCUUUUUUCCCAAGGAUUCCUUAUGCCCAGAGGUUAAAGUUUUCCCGAACUUGGUUACUCGGGAUCUGGACAGAUUAUAUCUGAAUAAGAAAUACCGUCACCCUGCAGAUAAUCUGACACCGAAUGAACGGAGGGCGCUCCAGGAGAUCAAAACCUGGACCGACAUAGUUCUGAAACCGUCGGAUAAAGGAGGAAAUGUUGUGAUCUGGCCAACAGAAUUAUAUCUCAAACAUGCCCAGAAACAACUGGACGACCAAUCAUGCUACCAGAAGAGUGUUUUUGACCCUACAGAAAGGUACACUAAACUCUAUAUGAAUAUCAUAAACAGGGCAUAUCACGAAGGCACUAUAACCAAGUCAGAGCAGGACUAUCUAACGGUAGAUAAUCCUCGAGUACCUACAUUUGACCUUUUACCAAAGGUCCACAAGGAUCUCCGGGACCCCCCUGGUCGGCCCAUAGUCUCAGGAUACGGCGGCCUACUAGAAAGAGCCUGCACAUUUUUGGACACACAUCUUAGGGACUACGUUUUGGAACUCCCAUCAUAUACCAGUGAUACAACUGAUGUCCUCAGAAAGAUCAGUGAUAUACAUUUGGAAGAAACACAUCUCCUCAUGAGCCUUGAUGUUGAGGCGUUAUAUACAAGCAUCAAACAUGACCUUGGCAUCCAAGCGGUAGAAUACUUUCUGAGAAUGUGGGGAAUGGAUGAUUUUCACCAAUUUCUGUUACAACUUCUUCAAUGUGUAUUAAACAAGAGCUAUUUCACUAUCAACAACCUCUUCUACACCCAGGUAAGAGGAACAGCGAUGGGGGCAGCGUGUGCCCCAAUGUACGCCAACCUCUCCCUGGGCUGGUGGGAGAGGGAGUUUGUAUUUUCAUCUGAUCUUGGAAGCCAAGCACUGCAGGGCCUGGUCAGUACCUGGAUGGGGAACCACCAGGGAAUACUAGCUCUGAGAGUAGAUACAGUGUUUUCCUGUUCUAUAGAUGCCAAAUGUUUUACACAGAACACAAAGCUUAUUGCACAUCAGCCAUCUAAGGCAGGUGAGAGACCAUUUCCAUGUUCUGAGUGUGGGAAAUGUUUUGCACGGAAAUCAUUUCUUGUUAUACAUGAGAGAAGUCACACCGGAGAGAAGCUAUUUUCAUGUUCUGAGUGUGGGAAAUGUUUUACAUCCAAAUCAUAUUUUGUCAUACAUCAGAAAACUCACAUAGGUGAGAGUCCAUUUACAUGUUCUGAGUGUGGAAAAUGUUUUACACGGAAAUUACAUCUUGUUCAACAUGAGAGAAGUCACACCGGAGAGAAGCCAUUUUCAUGUUCAGAGUGUGGGAAAUGUUUUGCACUGAAAUCAACUCUUAUCAGACAUGAGAGAAGUCACACCGGAGAGAAGCCAUUAUCAUGUGCUGAGUGUGGGAAAUGUUUUACAGUGAAAUCAACUCUUAUUAGACAUGAGAGAAGUCACACCGGAGAGAAGCCAUUUACAUGUUCUGAGUGUGGGAAAUGUUUUACACAGAAAUCAUUUCUUGUUAUACAUGAGAGAAGUCACACCGGAGAGAAGCCAUUUUCUUGUUCUGAGUGUGGAAAAGGUUUUUCACACAAGUCAUAUCUUGUUAUACAUGAGAGAAGUCACACUGGAGUGAAGCCAUUUACAUGUUCUGAGUGUGGGAAAUGUUUUUCACUGAAAUCGAAUCUUGUUCAACAUGAGAGAAGUCACACCGGAGAGAAGCCAUUUUCAUGUUCUGAGUGUGGAAAACGUUUUUCACACAAAUCAUGUCUUGUUACACAUGAGAGAAAUCACACCGGAGAGGGGCCAUUUUCAUGUUCUGAGUGUGGGAAAUGUUUUGCACAGAAAUCAACUCUUGUUAUACAUGAGAGAAGUCACACCGGAGAGAAGCCAUUUCCAUGUUCUGAGUGUGGGAAAUGUUUUUCACUGAAAUCGAAUCUUGUUCAACAUGAGAGAAGUCACACUGGAGAGAAGCCAUUUUCUUGUUUUGAGUGUGGAAAAGGUUUUUCACACAAGUCAUAUCUUGUUAUACAUGAGAAAAGUCACACCGGAGUGAAGCCAUUUACAUGUUCUGAGUGUGGGAAAUGUUUUUCACUGAAAUCGAAUCUUGUUCAACAUGAGAGAAGUCACACUGGAGAGAAGCCAUUUUCUUGUUCUGAGUGUGGAAAAGGUUUUUCACAAAAGUCACAACUUGUUACACAUGAGAGAAGUCACACUGGAGAGAAGCCAUUUUCUUGUUCUGAGUGUGGAAAAGGUUUUUCACACAAGUCACAUCUUGUUACACAUGAGAGAAGUCACACAGGUGAGAGGCUAUUUUCAUGUUCUGAGUGUGGGAAAGGGUUUAUACGGAAAUCACAUCUUGUUACACAUGAGAGACGUCACACAGGUGAGAAGCCAUUUUCAUGUUCUGAGUGUGGGAAAAGUUUUAUACAGAAAUCACAUCUUGUUCAACAUGAGAGAACUCACAGACGUUUGAAACCAUUUGCAUGCUCUGAGUGAUUAAUAAAUCACCUCUUGUUGGACACAGUAGACAUCACACAGGUGGGGAACCAUUUUAAUCUUCUGGAGUAUACUCAUCUUCACCAUUUCCCUGCAUUGUUCCUUCAGGUUUUAUCCUAUGUCCUGUGUUUUUUUUUUUACAAUAUACAUGCUGCUACUGGGUGAAAUAAUAAGACGUCAUGUCCUCCUUUACCUCUACUAUGCAGAUAACCUGUCUUUGCUCCAGGUACUGAAAACAAUACCAAUACUAAAUGUCUAGCUGAGCUCCAGGUGUGGGUGAUGCCAGUUGGCCGUGACUCAGUCCUAGCGAAACGGGUCCAUAUGCUAAUGCACGC